GUAAAAUAUGAAAUCAAUAUAGUAAAGGUUGACUCCCACUAAACUCAAGAUUAAGGAUGAUUCCAAUGCCACAAGAAUUUGUUGUGUCAAUCAUGCAAAUAAGACUGCCAAGUAUUACCUAACCAAGGAUAACACUGUGAAUCUAUGUUCGAAAUGCACAGUGUAAAUGAUGGGAAAAGGACACAAGGUUGAAGAAUUGCCUGGCCUUGAAGAGGAAUAUAGAAGGAAACAAAUAAACCAAUUCAUCACUUAGGUGAACAACAACAUUCCCCAUAUUGAUAAAAUGAUGAAUGCUCUUAUGACAAAGCGGGAUGACAUCCAAAAAUACUACGAGUAGCAAAAAGAAAAGAUCGAAAAGUUUCACGCUCAAAUUUACCAGGAUUUGGAAAAUGAAAAAAAUAAAAAGUUAUAACAACUAUACACAAAUUUCAAGAGUGUAUAAAAAUAGUAUGAUGAAAGCAUCUAAAGUUUACAGUAAUCUAAAUCAGAAACUAUCUGUAUGAAAAAGGACAUAGAAUAUAAUCUAAAUUAAAUUAUCAAAUAGAUUUAAAAUGAACCUUUUAAUGAAAUUAUGACUAGUUAUAACAAAAAUCUUCAGAUAUUCGUUGGCAAAACAGAUCUAAUAGCCAAAACUCCAAUUGAAGUCUUGAAAGUGACGCUAAAUGAGCAGAUCAAUUUAAGUCAUCUAAUGUCAAUAUAGUAAUUGAAAACAUGUUUAAUCAAGAAAAACCUUCAGGAUUCAAAUAAUAAAUAAGAACCGAAUGAUAGUGUCUAUGAGAGUUUAGAGAAAAAGGAAUACUUUACUUCUCCUAAGGUGGGUAGAAUGGCGUUAUCCUCAGUGAAAACACCAAAGUAAGAUUACAGCAUAAAGAAUGUGGCCUCAUUCGAAUUGACCACCGAAGAUUUCUACGAGGAAGGACAUUCAUAAAUGAUUGAAAGAGACGAUAUUGAGAAUUCAUACUAAAUGAUGUUGUUGGAUGCUCAUUCAGAUCAAGAGCCAAAGAAAGUUGAUUAAGAUAUUUUGGGAUCAUUUGGACCAGCCUAAAUCAGUAAUGCAAAUCCAAAUACUGUUUUAUAAUAAAAUAAUAACAAACUGUUGGUGUCCAAAAUCAUUGAAAGAAACAAUUAAAAAAACACAGACAAAAAUUAUGUGCUUAAAGCUACAAAUACAUCACUAAAGAUUAUAUGA